AACCACUCUUGUCUGGCGCUGCACAGAGACGCUCGCUUACCACGCCCACCUUUAAGACGUGUAGGGACAUGACGUCACCCUAACUUUCAUUCGCUUGAGAAAGAUGGCCGAUGACACAGUGUCAGCGGACAGCGGGUCCUGGUGGAUUUCAAGUUGGUUGCCCACAUGGUGCCCAACUUCCCUGUCACUUCUGAAGGAUGCAGAGGAUAAGAUGCUGGAAUCUAUUACAAGCAAGUUUUCAAAACACUAUAUUUUAAUAUCCAACGGAAACAGAAUAUGGACACUAUCAUUUAAUGGGAACAUAUCCAGUAAAACCCCUCUUGUGCUUAUUCAUGGAUUUGGAGGGGGAGUGGCACUGUGGGCACUCAACGUUGAUGCCCUUUGUCAACAGCGAACAGUUUAUGUUUUUGACCUGCUGGGAUUUGGGAGAAGCAGUCGGCCACACUUCAGCAGUGAUUCAGAGGAGGCAGAAAACCAGUUUGUGGAAUCGGUAGAAGAAUGGAGGGCAAUGGUGGGUGUAGAAACAAUGAUUUUACUGGGACACAACCUGGGUGGAUAUUUGGCAGCUGCGUAUACACUGAGAUACCCAUCAAGAGUAAAGCACCUUAUAUUAGUGGAACCCUGGGGAUUUCCUGAGAGGCCAAACAACCCUGAUCAGGAGCAACCUAUUCCAGUCUGGAUUAAAGCUGUUGGGGCAAUGCUGAGUCCAUUUAACCCACUAGCUGGUCUGAGAAUGGCUGGCCCUUUAGGCCCAAGUCUUGUUCAGCGAUUAAGACCCGACUUUAAAAGAAAAUAUUCCACGUUGUUUGAAGACAACACUGUGACAGAAUACAUUUACCACUGUAACGUACAGACACCUAGCGGAGAAACUGCUUUCAAGAAUAUGACCAUUCCAUAUGGGUGGGCAAAGCGGCCCAUGCUGCAUAGGGUUGGCCUUAUUCAAGAAGACAUCCCUAUUACAGUCAUUUAUGGGGCACGCUCCUGUAUAGAUGGGAAUUCUGGGAACGCAAUUAAACAACUAAGACCAAAUUCGCACGUGGAGACAGUAGCAAUCCGAGGUGCUGGACAUUACGUCUAUGCUGAUCAACCUGAAGAUUUCAAUCAAAAAGUCAUAGAGAUCUGUAACUCUGUGGAGUGAAAAGACUGAAUCUCUACUGAAACCUGCAAUAAUCACCACUUUAAUGACUGAAUGAGAGCUAAACUCACCAGCAUUAAAUUAUUAAAAGGCAACCUUCAAAUCAUGCACAAAGGAAACAGAUUUCUCAGACCUAUUUUGAACACUUACCAGGGAUUUCAUGUAUACCCUCAAAACUGGAAAGUGCCUUUAUUGUACAGUGUUUUAAAUAAGAAUACUUUUAAUUAUGGAUUCUGUUUUUUGUUUGUUUUUUUGGGGGGAUGGUUCUUAAAUUAAAAUAAGGGUUUGUAAUUUUAAAAUGUUGGUGUGGGCAAGUAGGGGGAUUUAAAAAAUAUUAUUAUUAAAAUUGCUCUGUUUUUUUAGUCGGCAAGCUUCGCUAAAAUUAUAAAUUGCUGUUCCUGCUCUACAUUCGGUAUAUUUCUUUAAAAUAAUGUGUUUGAGUUGCAUUGUCCCUUCAGCUUAAAUCUGAUGUUAAAAAAUAAUUAUAUAUGCUAUUGCUCCUACAGUAAGAUAAUAAAUAAAUAAAUACAUGUUUAUAAUGUUGCCCCUCUGGGGUUAUUUACGCUGUGGACCAUAAUGAUCCUGUUUAAUAUUGUACAGUUGUAGAAUUUAAAGAAUUUUAAAUAACUUUUUUUGUUUGGUUGUUUUCAUAAAAUAUAAUGUUGUACCACAGCAUGUCAUCAAAUACAGUACCAGUAAGAGUUAACUGUAUUUUGUAAAUUCACUUUUGCACACAUAACAUGCUAGCAAAUUCUGCCUCUAAUAAAAGCAAUAACCUAUAUGUCAAUGGAUGCAUGUGCCAAGCAUAUCCAUCAAUAAUGUGUAUUUUUCACAGUAAUCGUAUCUUUGAAUUGUAUUUUUUUUGUUUGUUUUAUUCAUAAAUUAAACUGUGGUUUAUUAUUCAGUAUUUGCAUGUUCUGUGUGAUGCAGUAGUAACACAGGCAUGUGUUAUGACGUGGUUAUCCUACCAAUAGAAUAACAGGUCUGAACGGGUUAAUAGUUCAGGCCUAUUUGCCAGGUAUUUUUGUAGCUCAGUGUUGUAACAAAUCAGAUAUGGCUGUUGCUUUUCAUUUGUGAAUAAGAAUCAAUGGGGUUUACCCUGCUGAAUUUAUAGUUCUGCUAGUAUUUUUUAAGUGGUAUUUCAGUUAGCCUUUUAUCACAAUCUAAUUUGCAAUACGGUUACUCACCCUAAGGAGUUAAUUAUAAAACCAAACACAAUUUUGACAGUAAAUUUUUACCUGUACGUAUAUUGCAACCCAACAGCCAGAGAAUCACAUUUAUAUUGCAUCAGAACCAGACUGCCACAUUUAUGUAUGUGGGGAACAGUGUGGCUUGCCAGGUAGGGAUUUACAAUACAUUUUUUUCAAACUCUCUUGCUCACUAAAAGUUUUUUUUUUUUUUUUUUUAAACUGGAAUUUGAAUGUCUGGAGGUAGUAUCCUUCUAACAUGUGGCACUUCUGUUAAAAUUGUAGGACUUGCGGAAUAUUCAAGAAUGAAGACAAAGAUAUACCUUGGCCAAUGUGGGUGCUAAGUAAUAUUGUUAUAUGUGAACUGAGGGAAGCUGCAGAGGGAUUUGUAGUCAAACCUAUAAAAAUGGCAGGGAUAUUAUAUUUAUUUGCAUCAUAUGUAAUUUCUUACCUUUUUAUUAUGCUAUUAAGUGUGUUCUGUAUCAUUCCUAUUUUUAAGACCAUUAUUUACCAAGCAUGUCAUUUUAUUCCAUAAAGAUUUCCUUUUUCGACCACUUCCAAAAGCUACUUUUCUGAAGUAAGGUGGUUAGAAAAUUUAAGUUUUUACAGUUGCACACCAAUAAAAGGGACAUGAGUACAUACAUAGGGGUAGGUUUACUAAAAUGUUGCUGCCUGUUGCAAAAGUCACAAACCAGUUGCAAACGAGUCGGAAGUCUUGGGUGAAAUGUACUAGACAGGCGCAAUGCUAUUUUUUCAAAAUGUAAUGUGUAGCCUAUCCAAUAACAAAAACAAUGUUAUUUUGAUUCUUGCACCCUUGCAUGUAUAGACGUUGUCCUUCCGGCACCAUUUGCUGCAGCAAAUCACAACUCAACUCCUGCUUAUUUAUUUGAACAAUGUUGCACGACUCUCGCAAUGUAUAAUGCUAGAGAUCUUGCUAAGAAGAUGUAACAAAUAUUUAAAUGAGUAUAUUGCGGCUGUUUUCAUUAACAUAUUUUCUCUUGGUACACAUGACAACAUUUCCACUUUAUUAAGUGUCACAACAAAAAUGCUAAUUGCGAUAUGUUUGUGCUUCAACAGGCCCAUUUUAGUACAUCUACCCCUUAGAUAGUAAACAGGUAAGAGAUUAAAUAUUCUGCAAAUGUAGAUUUUAUAAGCAGUGUUUCUCAAACCUGGUCCUGGGGGCCCACUGUGUCUGCUGGUUUUCAUUCAACCUCAGCUGUCAAUUACUUAACUAAACCCUUCAUUGAACUGAAUUUGCUUAAUUGGACUCUUUUAAAAUUGUUUUCAGCUGUUAAACAGUUGGGGAGUUCAAGUUACUUAUACAAUGUUAUAGCUAACUUGAAAUCUGCAACUGUUAAAAGCUGAAAACAAUUAAAAAGAUCUAAUUAAGCAAAUUAUCAAUUCAAUUAAGGGUCUAUUUAAGUAAUUGGGAGAUGAGUUGGAAUGAAAACUAGCAGACACAGUGGGCCCCCAGGACCAGGGUGGAGAAACACAAUCAAUAUUUAUUUUAUAUAGCUUCUUUCAUAGUGGACCACCAUCACAAAGUGCUUUAAUGGACUUUCUAAAGUGGUAUUGAGAAAUUGAAGAUCUUUUACAUUUAACAUGAGAAAAAAUUAUAAUACCAAGUGGACAUGGGUUUCUCAUAGGGUGGUCCUAUACAGGAAGUCUUUAAUACAGGUUUGACUAUAAAUAUGUAUUUUAACCCGUUUUCAUGUUGCCGAAAUAAAUUAUUGUAACUCACUGUUAGUACAGUACAUUGUGUAACUCCUAAUAGAAUAGCCUUUGUAUACUGGCACUGUUGAACAGUACUCCUGCAUAUCAGUCAUUGACUAUUAAUCAGGAUACUGCUGUUCCCUUGUUACGCAAAUGGAUUGUUUUAAAUGAUCUGUAAAUAAAUACAGUAUUUAAUUUUA